AUAUUCCAACUCCAAUCGGGCGUGGAGUUGUAGGUUAAUUAUGGAGUUGGCGAUGCAGAGAUUUCUCACUUCUGUCGUCCUUCUGCUCUGUUUUCAGGGUUUCGGAUUCUGUUUUCCUGAUCACGAUGCGGUGCCACGCUAUAGCUUCUUGAGGCAUGCGGCGGAGGCGCCACGAGUGUCGUACCACGAUUACAUCAUCGUCGGCGGGGGCACGGCCGGCUGCCCCUUGGGCGCUACUCUGUCGGAGAGAUUCGACGUGCUGGUGCUGGAAAGAGGCGGCUCGCCUUACGGGAAUCCCAACGUUUCCGAGCUCGCUUUGUUUGUCCAGAACCUUGCGUACCAGACCCCGACCUCCCCGGCGCAGCGCUUCGUCUCCGUGGACGGCGUCAUCAACGCACGGGCGCGCUGCCUUGGCGGCGGGACCUGCAUCAACGCCGGGUUCUACUCUCGCGCCAGCCGCCAGGAGGUGGAGGAGAUGGGGCUGAAUCUGGAGCUGGCGGAGGAGUCGUUCCGUUGGGUUGAGAAAGAGGUGGCGUUCCGACCUCGGCUGACGGGUUGGACGUCGGCCUUCAUGUCAGGGCUCCUCGAGGCCGGAGUGACGCCGGACAACGGCUUCACGUACGAUCAUUUACCCGGGACGAAGGUCGGAGGGACGACGUUCGAUCAAAAUGGCCACCGCCACACCGCCGCCGAUCUGCUCAAGUACGCAGACCCUGCCAGGAUCACCGUGCUCUUGCGCGCCACGGCUCAGAGGAUCUUGUUCAGGAACAGAGGAAGGAAACAUAAGCCGGAGGCAUAUGGUGUAGUAUACAAGGAUGGAGCUGGCAACGUGCACGAAGCCUACCUCAAGAAUUCCUCCACCGGCGAAAUUAUACUGUCGGCCGGGGCCCUCGGCAGCCCACAGUUGCUCAUGUUGAGCGGCGUCGGCCCUGCCCCUCACCUAGAGUCCUUAGGCAUCGAGGUGGUGCUGGACCAGCCACUGGUCGGCCGUGGCAUGUCCGACAACCCGUUGAACGCCAUCAUCGUCCCUUCACCACAACCAAUCGAGAUCACAUCGGUGCAAGUCGUCGGAAUCCGGCCGGACUACUACGUGGAGUCCGUGACCGGCAUCAACCUUGUCGCUGCCUUGUUGGCGGGCAACUCCACCGGGCCGUCCGCAACUUCACCGAUUAGCAACUCAUUUCAAGGCGGCACGAUAUUCGAGAAGUUGGCGCGCCCUCUUUCUCAAGGAUUUCUUCGCUUGAGGAAUCGCGACCCGGAAGAGAAUCCAUUAGUCACCUUCAAUUACUUCAUGGAAGCUGAGGAUGUUCAGGCAUGCGUCGAGGCCCUCAGGACGGUUGAAAGAGUGAUCGAUUCGAGAGCCUUGUCGAGAUUUAGAUACCCGAAUCAGUCGGUGCAGAGCUUGGUAGCCCUAUCCGCAAGUGUAUUAGUGAAUUUAAGAGCAAGAAACGCCAAUGACUCCACUUCAUUGGAGCAAUACUGCAGAGACCUUGUGAUGACGAUCUGGCACUACCAUGGCGGAUGCCAAAUGAGAAAAGUGGUCGACCAUGACUACAAAGUGCUCGGCGUUGAUGCUCUCAGGAUCAUCGACGGAUCUACCUUCACUUUCUCACCGGGAACAAACCCACAAGCUACUGUCAUGAUGUUAGGAAGGUACAUGGGAGUUCGGAUGCUUAAAGGGCAUAAAUUUCACUGACUAAUCUGCCAAUAAUAGUUUAUCAAUCUUUGGAAAGAAAUUUCCAGCUUCACUUUCUUUCUGAACAUGAACAUUGAAUGAUAUCUAUCAGCAUGUAACAUGGCAUUCGAUUUCAUUUUCAGAAAGAUUGUACCAAUAUUAUCUUUAUGCAAUUGGAGUUAAGAUUUUAUCCAGUAAUUUGGUUAAUUAGAGAGUUUUAAUCUAAAAGUUCAUUCUUCUCGAAUGAAUUGAUAAUUGUGAUGGAGUAUGUAAUAGAAGACUUGCAAAACUAAAUACCUUGGGGAAAGUCGUUUAUCU